CUGCGGGAAGGCACCAUGGCUGCCAUCGGCCCCCACGUCCUGAGUGCCGAGGACGAGGACUCCCCGGCGGAGGAGGUGACCUACUCCAUCCAGCCCCCGGCCAACGGGAAGGUUGUGCUGAGGUCGGCACCCAGCGCUGAGGUCCGGCAGUUCACCCAGGCCCAGAUCAACAAUGGCCUCAUCCUCUUCGUGCACCAAGGUAGGGCAGGCUUGAGGUGCCCCGGCCCCCCUGGCGUCACCCCUGGCCCAAGGGAGGGGACACCACCGGAGGGGAGCACGGUGCCACCAAGCUCUGUGCUUUCCGCAGGGCCCCUGGAUGGGGGCUUCGCCUUCGACCUGUGGGACGGCGAGAACCUCUCUCCUGGGCACUUCUUCCUCGUCAGGGCCCAGAGGGAGCCCCUCAUCAGCCUGGCCAAGAAGCAGAGCCUCACCGUCUGCCCAGGUGCCCUGCAGCCCAUCACCAGCCAGAACCUGCAGGCAGUGAGCAACAGCCCCGCCGGCUCCACCGCUCUGUACUACAGCAUCGAGCAAGCCCCGCGCCUGGGCAGGCUGAGCACCUCCCGGGGGGAGGAAAUCCGGAACUUCACCCAAGCCCAGGUGGACAGCGGGUUGAUUUUCUACCAGCACGAGAUGCCAGAGAAGCCCUUCUGGCUCGCCCAAGAUGCCAUUCGCUUCCGUGUGGUCGCUCCCACGACCAUCUCAGAUUCCUUCAUCCUCCUCGUGCUGAUCUCCUUCGAGGCCAGGUGUCCCCAGCGCUCGACUCAGCUAUGGAGAAAUGCAGGUCUCCACCUCGCAAGGGCUCAACGGGCCGAAAUCGACACCUCGGUGCUGGAUGCCUCCAACCUCCUAAGCCAAAUCCCGGUCCCCGAGAGGGCUGCACAUGAUGUUGUCUUCCUGGUGACGGGGCUGCCAGCUCAUGGGCAGCUCUUGGUGGCUGGUGUGCCCUUGGAGCAAUCGCAACCAUUCUUCCUGCAGUCAGACCUGGCCACGGGGCACCUGGCAUAUGCCCAUGGUGGAGACGGUGUUUCUGAUGACCAUUUCAGAUUUAAGGCUUGGCUUCGGCCCCAGGUGCAGCAGUCCGUCCGUCCUCCGCAGGAAGGGGUGGUCAUCUCUGAAGCUUUCAACAUAACAGUGACCAGCAGCAGCAGCAAGCCACUGCAGGUGGUGAAGCAGCAAGAAGUGCUGCGGGUCCCACCAGGCUCCGUGGUGACCUUGUCCCAGGAGUACCUGGAGGUGGCAGACCCAUCGGGGUCCCCAGAGGAGAUGGUGUACAGUGUCCUCCAGAGGCCUCUUGCUGGCCCGGAGCCAAGCAGCGGCUUCACCCAAGCAGAUGUCAACGCAGGCCACGUGGUGUUUGUUGCCACUGGGAGCCAUGCCCCAGGGUCCUUAGCUCUGAGCCUCUCCGAUGGUGAUCACCCGCCCACCUUGACCUCUCUGGAGAUCGAGGUGCUGCCUGCAGUGAGCACUGCUGCCAGCCCAGUGCUGCUGGAGGUGCCCCAAGACCUGAACAGGGCCUUGAUGUCCCAUGAUCACCUCCUGGGAGCCACACAACUGGGGGCACGCAACGCCCUGUACAGGGUCACCAGGGACCCAAGGUUUGGCCAAGUGCAGGUCAACCAAAAGCCGGCACGGGGCUUCUCGCAGAAGCAGCUGGACCGGGGGGAGGUGAUGUUCACCUUCACUGACCUCACCUCUCCUGAGGACAACUUCCAGUUCCUUGCCAUGUCUGUGUGGCCCAGGGGCACCACGGCCCUCCUGGACACCAGCGUCCUCGAUGCGAGCGAGCUGGCCAACCGCACCAAGAGCAUCCCAGUCUUCAAGAUCCGCAGGGCACCUCGUGGCAGCCGUCUCGUGAGGGUCUCCAGGGACCCAGGACAACCCACCACCCCCAUCGAGACCUUCAGCCAGAGCGAGCUGGAGCAAGGGCUGGUCGGGCUGGAGGUGCUGGACGCUGAGGAGACUGAUGAGCUGGCGGCUGCUGGCGUGCCGCCAGCGCUGGCAUCCCUGGGGUACAGCAUUGAGCCCUACAACGCCUCAAAAGCCUACGGCGUCACCCUGCUCACAGCCCCCCUGGCACCCUCCAGCCCCGUGGAGGGAGGCACCUUCCUCAGCUUCAUCGAGGCCAACAUGUUCAGCAUCAUCAUCCCCAUCUGCCUCAUAUUCCUCCUGCUGGCCCUCAUCCUGCCCCUGCUCUUCUACCUGCACAAGCGUAACAAGACGGGGAAGCACCAUGUCCAGGGCACCCCCUCCUCCAAGGCCAAGAACGGGGCCGUGCCAGACCAGGAGACCUUCCGGAGGACGGACCCCAACCAAGGCAUCCCCCUAACGACUGUCAAUGCCCUGGAGGGCAAGGGUACAGGUCCCCCGCCCCAGGGCACGGGUCCCGGAGCACCGCCAGACCCCGAGCUCCUCCAGUACUGCCGGACUUCCAACCCCCCCUUGAAAAACAACCAGUACUGGGUGUGA